AUGGUUGGAGUCCCUGGAAAGUACAAAGGCUGUGAGACGUGUCGUCGCCGCCGUGUAAAGUGUAGCAACGAGAGACCUUUUUGUCAAAAUUGUAUCAAAGCUGGCAAGCAAUGCGAAGGUUACGAACGAGAACGAGUAUUCAUUACAGGCACACCAGCGGGCAAGGGAAGGGUUGCGUCUCACCCCAAGAGAGUAACACCUCCCAAGAAGCUGAAAGUCACCAAAAUCAAGACAGAAGAUACAGAGCGCAGAGACAGCGUCAUACAACUGCCCCCUUUAACGUCUGCUUGGGACGAACAGCUCGAGCUGCUCAACGGCACCGAAACAAGCUCGACUUUCCUAACCGCUCUCCACACCGGCCUCCAUACUGUCCAACGCUCCAACAUCUCUGACGAUGGCAAGACGUUUGGAAUAUCUCUUGACCCUUAUAGCCCACCUGAUCUUUCACCCACCGUGAUGGAUAAUGGACUCUGGGUAAGUGCUCAAUGCCUGCUCUGCCAGCGCGACGCCGACGGUGGCACUACGUACCCCGAAAGCUACUGCGCUUUCUUGUUUGAGAAUGUGUCUCCCGGAGCCUCUUGGGGCAUUGCCUCUGAGGGCAUGGUCAAGGGUCUCGGCCCAAGCAACUUUACAUCCUUUCCCAAUCACCACUUCUUUGUUCGAGUAUACAGACCUAUGGCUGUAUCUCUUGCUCUUCUUACUCGACGUGACAUCUUCAUCUCGGGACCUGACUGGCUUACUGUCCCGUGGCAAAAUCAUCCCAAAUCCCAACUCGACACGCUAUUUGAUAUUGUUUUGAUGUUACCAGCUCUCUUCCAUCAAUCCGACCUCCUUAUAAUGCAACAGGCUACAACUGAUCGCCGGUAUAAGGCUCAGGGGCUGCUUCAGCGCUGUCUACUUCUGGAGGCCCAGUUCCACCAGUGGCAGCAGGACAACAUCACCCCACGACCCUACUGGUCUGAGCCAUCCUUGAGCAUUGGCGCUAGCAUUCCAUUUGAAAACUCCUUCAUUUUCAAGGACGAGCUGUCUGCUCUCACAAUGCUCUAUUUCUGGAUGUCACAGCUCCUCUUUCACCGGUGCCUCGAAGCCCUCUACGACACUAUGUGCCAGCCAGCCUUUGACGGAUACCGCCAAGAGUGGACAGACUCCCCUAUCGGCCUGCAAAUGGAUGUUAGCCGCUUUCAGGAUGGACGUAUCCUGGCUGAUAACAUUUGCAGGGCACUCGAUUCGGCUCUAACACUGACGGCCCAACCUGACAUGUUGGUUGCUCCAAUGACCGUUGCCCUCGACUAUUAUCACCUCCUCAAUGCCACCUCUCAAACAGCCACACUCGAGACUCUAUGGCUAGACGCCUUCAAGUCUCGAUUGAUGGCAAAAGGCCAGCACGUUGCCAAUGUCCUUCAGGGCCAACGCUGGAUCAACUUUGCUUCUUACUGA